AUGUUUUCCUGUUUCCUUAUUGUUGUCUGUUGUCACUUGGGCUCAUUGGCCAUUCGAGCUACUCCACGCAUUGCUGUAGAGGGAUUGACCGAAGAUAUUCGCCUAGAUUGUCGUCCAGAGCUGACUGUAAAAAAUGUGCUGAUGGCUGUUCUCAUUCAUCUGGAGCGACUUGACGAAAAUGGAACUACAACCUUAGUAGCAUCAAAGAGAAUUAAUAGUUUAAAGGUCGCUGACAAUAAUAGGUUGGUAUAUGUAAAU